CCCGGAACUAGAACGAUCGCGACCCGGAAGACCCCCCCGGGUCUCUCUCUCUCUCUCUCUCUCUCUCUCUAAAGCCAGUCUGGCGACGACGGUUUCUCCGGAGAUUCCAAUGGCGAAAUCAUCACCGGUUUCUGCGCUGAAAGCAUACUGGUUUCCUCUGAUUCUCUUCGCAUCAUCCAUGUUCUAUCAGCUCCUGAUCCUCCCUCGUUCCUACCCUCCUUCUCACUACGAUGUUUUGGGGAUCAAGAGGUAUAGUUCCAUGGAACAAGUCACUGAAGCCUACGAGAAGUUCUCUUCCAAGUGGAAUUCAGGCACAGAAGUUCCUCCUAUAACUGAGUUUAUCAAGAUUCGAUAUGCUUUUGAGCUGCUGACAAAUCCUUUAUGGAAGAGGAAUUACGACAUAUUCGGUAUUGACGAGCACAUUCAUGUUCUUGAUAGUAUCAAGGAGCGACAUGCUGGGACAAUUUUUUCUGAAAUUGACCUUCCAUUGCUGGAGUCUGCUUCCUUUGAUCCAGGAGAUCAUGAUUUUGAGGUCAUCACCUCUGGGAACUUUCUGUCUAAGUUUGAAAAUUCAAAGGCAUUGCUAAUUCAGAACUUGGUUCAGGUAUUUUCAUUUGGGAGUGACCGCUCUGCACAAUUUUAUAAUAACUGGAAGAAAAUUGCUUCUCUGUUAGAUGGCAUGGCAAAUACUGGAAUGGUUGAACUUGGAGAAGUUCAGCUUGCUACUUACCUUGCUGAGAAGACAUUUACAGGGCAGCCUUCCUUUCAAAAUGGCUUGCCUUCACUCAUUGCAUUUCCCUCUGGAUGUAACACUGCAAAUUGUCUGGUUAGGUAUGAGGGAGAGCUUUCUGUUGAUGCUGUUACUAAUUGGUUUGCAACCACGAUCCUAAGUUUGCCUCGCAUUCUAUACUACUCAAAGGAUUCAUUGCUACAAAGUUUUGUGGGAAAAAGCAGUCAUAAGGUGAAAGUCAUUUUCUUCUCAGAAACAGGGGAGCGUGCAGCUCCAUUUGUGCGUCAAGCUGCCCUAAGUUAUUGGCCAUAUGCUGCUUUUGCAUUUGUGCCUUGGCGAGAAGAGGAAUCUUCCUUUUGGUGGAAUGUGUUUGGAGUGGAAUCUGCACCUGCAAUUGUAUUUUUAAAAGAACAUGGUGUUAAACCUGUUGUGUACCAUGGACCUGCCAACAAUUCAUGGUUU